CUUGAUGCGGUUAAUGUUGUUGUUUAUAAUCAUUUUAUUGUUGCCUCCAAUUACUAUAAAAUUCUUGAUUUUGUUGGUGAUUAUGAUGGUACAUGGUGUUAAUGUAUUUUUAACAUGAUGUUGUUACUGCUGAUGGCGUUGUUGUAGUGGAAGGUAUUGAUGUUGUUGUUGACGAUGGUGCUUUUAAUGUUGAUGUUGCUAAUGAUAAUUGUGGAUGGAGUGUGUGUGUGUGUGUCUAUGGUGACGGUGAGAAGAAGUUAGCGAUGGUGGGUGGCUAUGCACUGAGACUGAUGAAAUAGGAAUUGAAAAGUCGUAAUGCACAUGAUGUGAACGGAAGACCACAUAGAGAUUUAAAAAGUUUGAUCUCUACACAAGCUGCGAUGCCACCACCUAACACCACCGCACCUGCAGUAACCACAGAGCCUGUAACCACACAAGCGCCCAACUCAGUCACAUCUACCACUGUGCCCUCAAACACAACCGAAAGAAUCACCCAGAUAAACACGACCGCAGCGCAGAGCACAUCACCACCGGAUACAACAAAUACGCCCUACACAAACUCGUCCACCGCAGCCUCUAUGACAACACAGACGAUCUCCACACCUCAGUCCACAACCAUCGUCUCGCCCAGCAGUGUAGCAGCCUGGCCAGACAUGACCUACCGCUACUUUGUGCCGAUGAUUCUAAUGGACUCCUCAACGGACAAAUCUGACUUGGAUAUAUCAAUUUCCACAACAUCGUCCAACGUCACGUAUAUCCAGCUGAGAAUUGUAUCAUCUAGUGUGACACUCUACGAUCGUCGUAUUGAGGUUACUAAUUAUAGUCCGAUAGUCUUAACCAACUUCUCCUAUUUUCUUACACUAGAAACGAAUUCAACGAGUGUAUGUGAUACCUUGGUACACUUGUUGGCCAGUGAUCCGAUUUAUGUCUUACUUUUUCACAAACACAGUGAUCUGUUAGCGGCAACGAUGGCGUCCAUCUCUCCAAUAUCGUCUGCUAAUUAUUGGUUUAUUAUCUCCGUUGCUCAUCCAGAGAACCAAACCUUUACAGGCUUCGAGUCCUACAUCGCAGUUGUGGCAGUUGAAAAUGCUACGCUGGUAUCUUUAGCAUUUCCGUUGGGGAGGCUACCCAGAGUUUCGCUUAAGAUAAAUAGAAUAGAAGUUGCAGGUCCUCGCCAAGGCCUGGUCUUGCUGGAUAGUAUGCAGACUUUACUUGUGGUAAGCGGUGCUGAUAUGACUGGAACAUUAGUUAACUGCAGCAGACCUGUUGUGGUUUUCGCCGGAGCUGUGACGGAUUCAGCUGGCGGCAGGAGAAGCUGGGCACUAGAACAGCUUGUGCCGGCUCCAGUAUCCAGUUUAGUUUACGUGACGUUUCCAUCUCUGAAUCUUUCCUCGGAGGCGUACAGGAUUGUGGCCGUACAUAGUGACACAACGGUUCAGGUGCCUCAUGUUGUUGCUCAAGAUCCUACAUCCGGUGAGAUUUAUUUCAAAAAUGCUGGUGACGCAGUAGAUCUUGAUUUGACGUCUGCUGACUUAUUUCACGUCAUAUUGGCCGACAAGCCUGUCCAAGUCCACAAGUUCAUCUGGUCAACAUUGAACUCUUCCAUCGUCGCGGACGCCUGUAACCUGCAGCUUGUGUCCCCGCGGUCCAACAACAUCUCGUGGAUGCUGGCACCUUACCUGACAACCCGAUCUGAUUUGUUGGUGCAUCUCUUCAUCAUCACCUGGGCGUUCCCGGAACCCGAAUUUCUCAUGGAUGGUAAUAGCCUGGACAUGCCUUGGCGGAACCUGACUGAAGGAAGCUACAGGAGUAAUUUGAAGGGCGCCUACCUUAAAGUAGACACCCAGCAUCACUGGGUCAGCCUAAACCAGUCAGAAGGAAAUUUCUCGGCCUACUUAGUUAUUUCUGGGCCCGGGAUUAGAAUGUGUACGUCAUUAAGUCACGUGAUCUCUCAGAUGUCCACCGAUGUCUACGGUGACUGGACAUUAUGUGGGGAGCAGGUAAUCAAGAGUGGAUUCGACGUACUGACCACAACCACGGAGUCUCAGACCACAACCACGGAGUCUCAGACCACAGAAGUCAACUCUGACGGAGUCUCCUCAGAUAUGACAACUGCUCUCACGUCACUUGCUUUGGCUUCCGCUUCCACUACGCAAUCUACUUCUGGAAAUCGCACUGUGGACUGCAACUUCUGUUGGAAAGCGACUAACCUAACGCUAAACUUAACAAAAGAAGAGCUCGAUUCGGUCUUGGAAGCUAUCAGAGCACAGCUUUUUGUCAAUCAUAAACUCACGUCUGCCUACAGGCGGUCCUUGGAGUGUGCGCAGGACUUCAGACCCGUCAGCAAUGGAAUCGGAUUUGUGGGAAUCACUUUUUGUAUUUCUGUGAUAUUUUGUGUAAUUGUGACAGAUCUAUCUUCCUUUGGGCGAAUGUGUCGAAAAACUGUAAGAAAUGACAGCAGUUAGUUACAAUUAGCUAUGCCUAAUGACUAAUGUGAAUUCAGUUAGAUUAAUAGUGUGUACGAUUCGGACCCAUCUAAGUCUGUAGGAUCAUUUUGAUUUUUAUAAUUAUUAUUAUUAUUAUUAAACAUUCUGACUUUUAUUAAACAAAGAAACUACAUAAAGGUAUGAUAAAAAAAAAAUAGAAAAAUCAGAAAACUAUCGAAAGUUCAACAGCUUUGGUGCUUAAAAGGUGUUUACUCUAGGAAUAUGGGGAGGCGCGGUGGCUGUGCGGUAAAGCGUUUGGCUUCCGAACCGAAGGUCUGGUUUCGAAUCCUGGUGAAGACUGGAUUAAAUUUUUUUUUUAUUUCGGGAUCCUUGAGCACCUCUGAGUCCACCAAGCUCCAAUUGGUACCUGACAUUAGUUGGGGAAAAGUAAAGGUUGUUGGUCAUUGUGUUGGCCACAUGGCACCCCUGUUAACCGUAGGCCACAGAUACAGAUGACUUUUACAUCAUCUGCCCUAUAGAUCACAAGGUCUGAAAGGGGAACUGUACUUUACUAGCAAUAUCUCUAGAAAAGGAAUUGAUAGAUAAAUACAGAAUAGUAAAGAAUUUUUUUUUAAAAUCGUUAACAAAAAUGGCUUUGGUGGCUUCAAUCUAAUUAUGACUAUGAAAGUUGAAAACAAAAUGUUCUGAUCAUAAGCCAUGUGUCUAAGUAAUAUAUAAAAAAAAAACACCGACGAAAGUUUCUGAGACGAAAAGCUAACAUUGUAAGUAGACAUAGAACCAUGGAGCUCUACUACAUUAAAGAUCUGAAAUACUUAAAACUAGACCAUUAGACAUAGAGCUCUACCAUGUUAGAGAUUUGAUGUAGAUUUAGAACUAGACCAGAAAUAUUUAUUUGAAUCCUGUUUGCGGCGAUGAGGCACGCUAUGCGUCUGCCUAGUUUGUCUAUGCCUAAGUUCCGCCCUGCUAAUUAGCCUAUACGAUUCAUAUCGCUAAUGAGAGAAUUAUUCUUCUUAAUAGAUAUUUAGGAAUAAUCCUACGCUUCAUCAAAUUUCCACAUUCUUGAAGAAUUUUAGUUUUCAUAGAACUGUUUCGACAUUUUCUUCUUCGUUUGAAAGUUACCUGGCUAAUAAUCCGUUUUAUUCUAGUCACUUUUAAAACCUCUAUUGACUUCUACAAUCUUCAAAGAGAUUUUAAAGAUAUUUUAACAUGUUGGUCCCAUAUACACAAAAGGUUUGCUGAGUACAUUAGGUAAAAUUGAUUUUCUAUAGUUGCAUUGAUUAGGAGCUACAGAUUUUUUUUUUAAAGUUCGAGUUAGAACGUGAUUUUAUCCCUGGGGAAUCUCUUGAUAGAACUACAAACAUAGGCCCAGAUAUAUGUGGUAGCCUAUACGCCUUCUAGUGGUGUUUUACUUUAAAAAAAAAAUGAAAGAUUAUAUAUCAUAGUUAUUAACUUAAAUUCUGGUCUGAGGUAGUGUGAAUGUGAUUGAAAAAAUGAGUUUGUAUGAGACGUAAUGCGUGAGUUUCACUCGUACGUUACACUCCUUGUUGCACAUUAAGUCAUUCCCUUUAGUGCAGCGUGGUGGGAAUCUUGUAAUGACGUAAGCACAAGAAUGACGUCAGAGAGACGACAGCGUGGAUGCUGCUUCGCCAUUGAUGUUGAUGUUGAAUACUGUUUUAUAAAUA